AGACCUAAGAUUUAAUAGGAUUAAAGAAAUCCAGCCUGGAGAGUUCAGACGUCUUAAAAACCUGAACACCCUGCUUCUAAACAACAAUCAAAUUAAAAGAAUACCUAGUGGGGCAUUUGAAGACCUUGAAAAUCUGAAAUAUCUCUAUUUGUACAAGAAUGAAAUCCAGUCAAUUGACAGGCAAGCAUUUAAAGGACUUGCCUCUCUAGAACAACUGUAUCUGCACUUUAAUCAAAUAGAAACGUUGGAACCUGAAUCCUUUACCCAUCUUCCAAAACUUGAAAGGCUAUUUUUACAUAACAACAGAAUAGCUCAUUUGAUUCCUGGAACAUUUAGUCACUUAGAAUCUAUGAAGAGACUACGUUUGGAUUCGAACGCUCUUCACUGUGACUGUGAAAUCCUGUGGCUGGCGGAGCUGUUGAAGACGUAUGCGGAGUCGGGUAAUGCUCAAGCAGCAGCUACCUGUGAGUAUCCACGAAGGAUCCAGGGAAGAUCAGUGGCCACGAUAACACCAGAAGAACUUAACUGUGAGAGGCCAAGAAUUACAUCAGAGCCUCAGGAUGUGGAUGUUACCUCAGGGAAUACAGUGUACUUCACUUGCAGAGCUGAAGGCAAUCCCAAACCAGAAAUUAUCUGGCUUCGAAACAAUAAUGAGCUCAGUAUGAAAGAAGAUUCCCGUCUAAACUUGCUAGAUGAUGGCACAUUAAUGAUUCAGAAUACUCAAGAAACAGACCAAGGCAUUUACCAGUGCAUGGCAAAAAAUGUGGCUGGAGAAGUGAAAACUCAGGAAGUUACUCUUAGAUACUUUGAGUCACCAGCCCGGCCUAGUUUUGUAAUUCACCCACAAAAUACUGAAGUACUAGUUGGAGAGAGUGUUACCUUGGAGUGCAGCGCAGCCGGGCACCCUCAGCCACGAAUUACCUGGACCAAAGGCGACAGAACCCCUUUACCCAGUGACCCUCGCAUCACAAUAACUCCAUCAGGAGGUCUUUACAUACAAAAUGUGAAGCAGGAGGACAGUGGCGAGUAUACCUGUUUUGCAACUAACAGCAUAGAUAAUAUCCAUGCGACCGCAUACAUCAUAGUCCAAGCUCUACCUCAGUUUACUGUCACUCCUCAAGACAAAACAGUGAUUGAGGGACAAACUGUUGACUUCCCUUGUGAAGCACAAGGCUAUCCCCAGCCUGUUAUUGCCUGGACUAAAGGAGGAGGACAAUUGUCUGUUGACAGAAGACACUUAGUUCUAUCCUCUGGAACCUUAAGGAUUUCCAGGGUUGCUCUUCAUGACCAGGGACAGUAUGAAUGCCAAGCUGUCAACAUUAUUGGAUCUCAACGAGUUGUUGUAUACCUGACCGUACAGCCUAGAGUGACUCCUGUGUUUGCCAGCGUUCCCAGUGACAUGACAGUGGAGGUUGGCACGAACGUGCAGAUCCCGUGCAGUGCUCAAGGAGAGCCAGAGCCAGUGAUUACAUGGAACAAGGAUGGAGUACAGGUAACUGAGAGUGGAAAAUUUCAUGUUAGCCCAGAGGGAUUUCUUACCAUUCGCGAUGUUGGAACAGCUGAUGAAGGUCGAUAUGAAUGUGUUGCCCGGAAUACCAUAGGAUACUCCUCUGUUAGUAUGGUGCUUAGUGUUAACGUCCCUAAUGUCAGCCGAAAUGGAGAUCCUUUUGUACAAACAUCAAUUGUGGAAGCAAUUGCAACUGUUGACAGAGCAAUAAAUUCAACACGUACACAUCUGUUUGACAGUCGUCCUCGUUCUCCAAAUGAUUUGCUAGCCUUAUUUCGGUACCCAAGGGAUCCAUACACUGUUGAGCAAGCAAGAGCUGGGGAAAUAUUUGAAAGGACACUACAGCUUAUUCAAGAGCAUGUACGAGAUGGUCUAAUGGUUGACCUGAAUGGAACAAGUUAUCACUAUAAUGAUCUUGUAUCCCCACAGUACUUGAAUCUGAUAGCUAACCUCUCAGGCUGUACAGCCCAUCGACGAGUGAACAACUGCUCAGACAUGUGCUUCCACCAGAAGUACAGGACACACGAUGGAACAUGCAACAACCUUCAGCAUCCCAUGUGGGGUGCUUCUCUGACAGCAUUUGAGCGUCUGUUAAAGUCAGUCUACGAGAAUGGAUUUAAUUUGCCUCGGGGAAUUGAACCCAGGAGGCUCUCUAAUGGCUACGCCCUCCCAAUGCCUCGCUUGGUUUCAACUACUCUGAUCGGAACGGAAACAAUAACUCCUGAUGACCAGUACACUCACAUGCUCAUGCAGUGGGGUCAGUUUCUUGACCAUGACCUUGACCUCACUGUAGCUGCCCUAAGUGAGGCCAGGUUUUCAGAUGGUCAGCAUUGCAGUUCAGUUUGUACAAAUGAUCCUCCCUGCUUUUCGAUCAUGAUACCACCAAAUGAUCCUAGAGUUCGAAAUGGUGCACGCUGCAUGUUUUUUGUACGCUCCAGUCCGGUUUGUGGAAGCGGCAUGACAUCUCUCCUGAUGAAUUCUGUGUACCCACGAGAACAGAUCAACCAGCUGACUUCAUACAUUGAUGCGUCCAAUGUGUAUGGCAGUUCAGACCAUGAAGCACUGGAAAUCAGAGACUUGGCGAGUCAAAGGGGUCUUCUGAGACAGGGCAUUGUACAGAGAUCUGGCAAGCCCCUUCUUCCGUUCGCUACUGGCCCACCAACAGAAUGUAUGAGAGAUGAAAAUGAGAGUCCAAUUCCCUGCUUUUUAGCUGGUGAUCAGCGUUCUAAUGAACAGCUGGGUCUUACCAGCAUCCACACAUUGUGGUUUAGAGAACACAACAGAAUUGCCACAGAGCUACUGAAACUCAAUCCACACUGGGAUGGUGACACAAUCUAUCACGAAACACGCAAAAUUGUUGGUGCAGAAAUGCAACACAUAACAUUUAGCCAUUGGCUACCUAAGAUCUUUGGAGAGGUAGGCAUGAAGAUGCUUGGCGAAUAUAAGGGUUAUGAUCCCAGUGUUAAUUCUGGCAUAACUAAUGAGUUUGCAACUGCCGCUUUUAGGUUUGGUCACACACUCAUUAAUCCUUUUCUGUAUCGACUGGAUGAAAACUUUGAACCUAUUCCACAAGGCCAUCUACCUCUUCAUAAGGCAUUCUUCUCUCCAUUUCGGAUUGUAAAUGAAGGAGGCAUUGAUCCACUUCUAAGGGGAUUGUUUGGUGUUGCUGGUAAGAUGCGUGUCCCAUCACAAUUACUCAAUACAGAAUUAACAGAAAGACUCUUCUCCAUGGCACGUACUGUGGCUUUAGAUCUGGCAGCUAUGAAUAUUCAGAGAGGCAGAGAUCAUGGAAUUCCUCCCUACCAUGAUUUUAGAGUUUACUGUAAUCUUUCUUCAGCUCAGACUUUUGAAGAUCUGAAAAAUGAAAUUAAGAAUCCUGAAAUCAGGGAGAAACUUAGCAGGUUGUAUGGUUCCCCCCUGAACAUAGACCUAUUUCCUGCUCUAAUGGUAGAAGACUUAGUUCCAGGGAGCCGACUGGGGCCAACUUUGAUGUGUCUGUUAAGCACACAGUUUAGGCGUAUUCGGGAUGGAGACAGGUUAUGGUAUGAGAAUCCAGGUGUGUUCACGCCUGCUCAGCUCACUCAGAUCAAGCAGACAUCUCUUGCCAGAGUUUUGUGUGACAAUGGUGACAACAUAACCAGGGUACAACACGAUGUCUUUAAGGUAGCUGAAUUCCCACAUGGAUAUAGUAGCUGUGAAGAUAUUCCUAAACUGGACCUCAGGAUGUGGCAAGAUUGCUGUGAAG